AUGGGCAGGAAUGAUGCUUGGUCGGCAGGUCUGAUUGUCAAUCUCAAUCAACAGCGCCGGUGGCGCAACGCAACGCAACCCAGUGCUGGCUGGCACUCUGACUGGCCCUCCUAUUCCGAAUACCGCAAUGUUCUAGAAACCGUCUGGAAGCCCCUGGGAGGGCCGAUCGAAGCUUCCACCUCUUCCACAUCGCGUCCGUUCCCGGUCGACUGGGCUGAAGGAUUCGGAGGUCUGGGGCCCAUCGUCCACGUCUCCUUUUCGUUUUCACCUUCUGGAACGCGCUGA